UUCUUGUUUGUUUUUCUGCCAGUCAGCCAGCAGCGUAAAAGUUUUGCAACCACAUCAUGUCUCAAGUGCUCUAGUGUUCACGAGCUUUUAGUUAUUUUCUCGUGAAAACCGUUCUUUUUGGUGAUUCUUUUUUCGCAUUGAUCUGUGUGAAAGGGUGAAAUUGUUUGGAUUGAAGAAUUCCAGCCGCAUAGAGUUGAUGGAUGACGGCAAUGGUGAAAACGCUCCAGCAAAGAGAACCCGAUUUGCCCUCCGGGAACCACUAAAACUCGGCGACGGAGAACUUCCCGGUCCCGUGGUGGAAGUUUUGACGCCACAUCAGCUGGAAGGAAUCCGGUUCAUCCAUCGGGGUGUUAAACAGAACAAAGGUGUAAUCUUGAAUGACGAAUCCGGAUUGGGAAAGACGCAUCAGAUAGUUGGUUACUUAUCGGCAACGGUUGGCCUUGCUGCUGAUAAGACUGCGAUCUUGUGUGAUAGUGCAGAGCGGGUGCAUCAUUGGCUGUACCAUUUGGAGUUGCUUACCGAGUUCAGAACAUUGAUUCUGGGAGAGGAAGGUGAAAGUGAUCAACUAUCAGGGAACCAACAGAUAAUUUUGGCUACUUUCGAUUGCUUCCAGAAGAAUUCCCAUGCCCUUCUUGCUAGGGAAAAAGACAUUAACCUAUUGGUGAUCGACGAAACCAAAGAAGUUCAGUGUGAGAUUGGAUUUCUUUCACUGAUCGCCGAAUUCCAGCGCGCGGCCAGAAUAUUUUUGGUAACCGAAAACCUUCUGGACAACCCGGUCCGAUUUUCUCUGAGGCUCAAACUUUGUCAAGUGCAAUUUCAUGUGGAUGCGUUGAAAACCUUGCUGGAAGAAGCAAUCCAAACUAAUCGACCGUUGAAAAAAGCGAAGAAGUUGAAACUAUUCUUCCUGACCCGGAGCGUUUGGUUCAGAAGGUAUCGAUCUCAUCACAACAGCUACCUCCCCCUAAUAGACGAGCACGAGUUCAAGUUUUGCUUCAACGCUUGGAAGAUCGCCAACGGAAUGGAAUGUAGACAAAUUGAAGAGAACAGUUUGCAGGUUCUCGAGGAAUCGAGUCAAGAACUGGUUGAAAAUGAGACAGCCGGGGAAACGAGCCUCAAUAUGGCCAUCGUGGGGGAUAAGGAAACUUCAGGCAUCGGAAGGGACUUAUCGAAUGAGACAGAUGAUGACAAAGACGAAGCGGUGACCGUUUCGUAUAAAGUUAGCGAGCCGUUGUUCGAUUUCGAGCUGAGUACGGAGGAAAUGCCCAAAUUGGUGGUGGAAACGUCUGAUUCGGAGACUAAAUCUACUAUUGAUGAUGUUAGGAAGUCUCCCUUGGUUAGAGCGUCAGAAUCCGAAAAGACUCGAGUUCAAACGCCCAACAUUGAAGUGCCAGAAACUGAGCGUUCGUCUCAAGCAACAGAUGACCAAACGGAUUCGGAAGGAUACCUGCAGUUUGGCCAGGCGCUGUUCCAACCUAGUUCUCAGAUAGAAAGCUCUUCGGAAACAUUAGUUCGCAAGUCGGUCAUCGCCUCCAGUGAUGACAAGUACAACUUCCCAAUCGAUCGAUUCUUCCAACGGAAAUCGCCUUCUUCAUGUUCCACCGAUCUCGAAAUCGUAUCGAAGGAAAGUGUCAUCGCCAACAACCCCAUAUUGGUGUCCAGUUCCAGCUCCAACUGUCGGGAAAAGUCCCCCGAUUUGUUCAGCGACUCCGAAGACGAAACUGUCAAAGCGAUCUCUCAGGAUGAUUCCCUUCUGAAUCUUCUGCUCAAAAGCCCCGUUGACUUGGAGAAAACGUCCAAACCGAACGCGCCAAUGCAGCAACCCCUGCCAAAGUUUCUCCGAAUCAAUGUGAGCACCCCUAUUUCCAAACUCCUUCACGGUCCUCUACAAAACGAAAUCCCGUGCACCGCCACGGAACGUCCGUCCUCCAACGAUAUCUUCGCUGAUCUCACCGUCAAAAAUCCCGAUCCCAAUCGGACGGACGUUUUUGAAAUCACCGACAAUAACGCCUUCGGAAACCAGAUUCUAGUCCAUGCCGAAAAGGACAGCAUGUCCCCUUUGCGCGAUUCCGACGACGUCCAGUUCGUUAGCAUCCUUCGGCCACCGGACGAAAUCGUCGACCUGGACACCAACGCUUGCACGCCAAAGAGUCAAAAUGGACCCGCCCCCAAUCCCUUGAAACGAACACCUUCCUCCAAGGGAACGCUUCCCGCCACGCCACGCGGUUGGCUCACCACCAAAAGCAACCGUUCCUCGGAUAGUGAUUCGCCGCGAACUCCAAAAACUUCCACAAGGAAGUCAACCCCGCGGACGGGUAGACGUUCGGCCGGAACCAACAGCACGUCGUCGAGCUUCAAGCGCAAGAAGCUGGAGAAUUGGUUCCGCGAUGCUCCGACCGAUGACGAUGAUGAUUUUGAGGAUUGCCGCCGCGUGUCCACGAGUGUCAACCGGAGGAAAUCGGCUCCGGUCGGUGGUGGACCGGGUGGAAGUGGUGGCAAGAAGGUUUCCCCGAGGAAGAAAUGCUUCCAGGAGCGGGUCAUACAACGCUACAAUCAAAUAUUGGUAUCGCCUAGCGGAAUGGAUAGUGAUUUUGAGUGAUUGUUUCUACAAGAUGUCGUAGGUUCGGUAGUUGUUUUGUAUUUUGUAGCGUAUUUUUAACCACUUUUGACAACAUUUUAUUUCACUUGUCUUGUAGAGCUCUUUUGUUUUUUUAAGUAUCGUAUACUUAUUGUUUAGGAAAUAUAUACAAAUCGGAUUGUAAAAAAA